AUGCAAGCUCCCGUGGUGUUUUUGAAUACCGGCGCCGAACGCGAGACCGGAAGAAAGGCUCAGAUCUCGAACGUGACUGCCGCUAAAGCGGUCGCCGAUAUUAUUCGUACAUGUUUGGGCCCUAAAGCGAUGCUCAAAAUGCUGCUUGAUCCAGUAGGCGGAAUCGUGCUCACCAACGACGGCCACGCCAUUUUGCGGGAGAUUCAGGUAACCCACCCGGCUGCAAAGUCCAUGAUUGAACUAAGCCGUGCUCAGGACGAAGAGGUGGGCGAUGGCACGACCAGUGUAAUCAUUCUUGCGGGCGAGAUUCUGGCACAAACUGUGCCCUACCUUGAGCGCAACAUCCACCCUGUUAUUCUUAUUCGGGCACUCAAACAGGCCUUGAAGGAUGCUUUGGAGGUUAUCCAUGAGGUCUCACGCCAGGUGGACCCAAAUGACGAGGAGGUGGUGCUCAAGAUUGUUGCUUCCUCGAUUGGAACAAAGUACGUUGCCCGCUGGAGCCGUCAUAUGUGCAAGCUGGCGCUUGAUGCUGUUCGCACGGUGAUGCGUGAUGACGGCGUGCGUAAGGAAAUUGAUAUCAAGCGUUAUGUGCGUGUAGAGAAGAUCGCUGGUGACGAUAUUGAGAAAUCCGAGGUGCUUGCUGGUGUCAUUCUGAACAAGGAUAUCACGCACCCCAAGAUGCGCCGGCGCAUUGAAAACCCUCGUAUUCUUCUUCUCGACUGUCCGCUUGAGUACAAGAAGGGCGAAUCGCAGACGAACAUUGAGAUUACCGGUGAAGACGAGUGGGCUCGCAUUCUGCAAAUCGAGGAGGAGCAAAUCAAACAAAUGUGUGAGCGAAUUGCUUCCUUCAAGCCUGACCUCGUUCUUACCGAAAAGGGCGUUUCAGAUCUCGCUCAGCACUACCUGCUCAAGCACAACAUUACUGCUCUUCGCCGAGUGCGCAAGACAGACAAUAACCGCAUUGCCCGGUGCACUGGCGCGACAAUUGUCAACCGGGUUGAAGACAUUAAGGAGUCCGAUAUCGGGUUACGUUGCGGUCUGUUCAAGGUCGAUUUAAUUGGUGACGAGUAUUAUUCGUUCAUUACAGAGUGCAAAGACCCUGGCGCUUGCACUAUUCUGCUGCGGGGCCCCUCCAAGGAUAUUCUGAACGAGGUUGAUCGUAACCUGCAGGACGCAAUGGCCGUUGCUCGUAAUGUUAUGUUCGAGCCCAGUCUGUCUCCCGGUGGAGGUGCCACAGAGAUGGCAGUUAGUGUUCGUCUCGCUUCCAAGGCGAAAGAAAUCGAGGGCGCCGACCAGUACCCCUACCGCGCAGUUGCAGACGCUUUGGAGGUUAUUCCACGCGUUCUUGUGCAAAACUGCGGUGGAAACCCGCUCAAGUCAGUCACUUCUCUGCGGGCGAAGCAUGCCGAGGGCCUGACCCACUACGGCAUUGAUGGCGACACGGGCAAGAUCGUUGAUAUGGACAGCUUUGGCGUCUGGGAGCCUGAGGCAGUAAAGGCCCAGACUCUGAAGACUGCUAUCGAGAGCGCUUGCUUGCUGCUCCGCGUCGACGACAUUGUCUCUGCCCGUCGUAAGGAUGGCGGUGCUGAAGGCGGCCCCGGCGGUAUGCCUGCUGGUAUGCCUGCUGGUAUGCCCGGUGGAAUGCCCGGUGGAAUGCCCGGUGGAAUGCCCGGAAUGGAAUAA